AAAAAAGAUAACCGGAUGUGCAUUGAAGCUCAAAAAGUGAUAGAUAUAAAGACCUUCUCUAAGCAUUCUGCGCCAGUUUACGGAAAGCGUGUUUCAGACUACAUUGUGGUUGACAACCCUGUCAAGAUGAGGACUCUACUGCUCCUUCUGUUGGGAGUUGCUCUUGUUUCCUGAAGCGAUAAGGAGCGACGACCCAGCAGGCAGGCAAGGCAACUCGGUGGAUUUCACUUCUCCAUGACAGGACAAGGAGGGUUUUCCCCGUCAGGAGGCAGGCCUCAAGGGCCACCCAGUGGAUUUCCACCGGGUGCGGGGAGACCAAACCAACCUGCCGGAGGACUCGCUAAUGCAUUUGGCGGAGGAGUCCCGACUGGUGGCGUAGGAGGCUCCCUCGGCGCAGGGGGAGGACAGUUUAAUUUCGGAGUGGGACAACCUGGAGGAGCACCUGGAGGAGCACCUGGAGGACAAGCUAGCGGUGGAGCUGGAGCGUCUCAGGGACUGCCUAAUGGAGAUAUACUAGGACUAGGAAACCUUUUCGGACUUGGAGGUAAUGGUAGUGCUGGGGGCCUGUUUGGAGCAGGAGCAGGAGCUGGCCAGACCCCUGGAGAAAUCGAUCUUUUUGGGGGAAUAGCUAACCUUUUCAACGGAGGUGCGGGUGCUACGCCAGGAGGUGCACCGGGAGCAGGGGGACAAGGCCAAACCGAAGGAAGCGUUGACCUUUUUCAAGGAAUAGCUAACCUGUUCAGUGGAGGAGCAGGUGCUUCGGUGGGAACUUCAACAAAACCAAGCCAAUGGAGAAUUUGACCUUUUUGGUGGAAUAGCAGACUUAUUUGGGGCUAGAGCUGCUGGACGUCAAACCGAUGGAAAAGGACCAGCUAGUGUUAGAUCAAACACCGAAUCCGACGAAGGGAAGGACGAAAGUACAUGAUAAAGAAAGGCCAUGUCCAAGGUGCCCGAAGGAACCGCGAGACUAAGAGGAAAUUGAGGAUAAUGGAAAAGUUUGAGAACCUACGCUAUUGGGCUUUGUUAUUUACAGAUAAAACUGUAAAACAUAAACUUGAUUACAAGAAAUAAAACAGUUUCGUUACUCUAAUUUCGUUGUGUAUAAAAUCUAAGCCAAAAUUGUAUUAUUUUUGGUGUCAAAAUAUGCACAAGAUUUAAUAAAAAAGCAAAGCAG